UUUUUUUACACUUGCCUCGAUUCAAUCUUCUUCCGUUUUAUAAAAGGAUAAUGACAUCCACAUUGAAGGAUAUCCCUGAUAUUGAUAGACCAGAACAGCAAACAUUUGUUAAAUUUUUUAGAUCCCUCAGUCCGGUGACCGAUGGUACCAUAAGAUUAUUCGAACGGGAUGCCAACCAAAAGCGGUACUAUAGUUUUCACGGGGACGACGCACAUUAUAUUGCUCAAAACAUAUACAAGACGACAACAGUGAUCAAGUACUGGGGUGGUAAUGAUGCUACUACAGGACUCGCAACUACACUUCUUUCCAGUAGUGUUGCUGAAUCAUUUCUUCGUGAUGCUCUUCUCACCAAACAACUUCGUAUUGAAAUCUGGCGACAAAAGAAAAAUACAACUAGUUGGAACAUCAUUUGCAACGCUUCUCCUGGAAACUUACAAGAUGUAGAAGAUCUUUUGUUUUUGAAUUCAACAAUGACAACGGCCCCAGUGGUGAUGGCGGUUAAAUGGAUGUCAACGGGUGAUCAAAAAAUAGUUGGUGUAUCGUUUGCGGAUGCUAGUAUCAAACAAAUUGGUGUAUCACAGUUUAUCGACAAUGAACUCUAUUCAAACUUGGAGUCAUUGGUGAUUCAACUUGGAGUCAAAGAAUGUUUAAUACCAGCAGAUGAAUCGGGAAAGGAUUAUGAAGCUAUCAAGAUACGUGGCAUUUUGGAUCGAUGUGGAAUUGUAGCAACGGAACGCAAAAAAGGAGACUUCAACACCAAGAAUAUCGAACAAGAUCUCAACCGUUUACUGGAAGGUGAAAUCUCAGUGGCAGCAUUACCCGAGUUCGAACUGAAACUAUCUAUGGAAGCCAGUAGUUGUCUGAUUAAAUAUUUAUCACUUCUUGCCGAUGAAACCAACUUUAAGCACUUCAAAUUGGUUCAACACGAUUUAUCUCAAUAUAUGCGACUGGAUGCCUCUGCUCUUAGUGCUUUGAAUUUGAUGCCGAACCCACAAGAUGGAUCCAACAAAAAUAUGAGUCUGUAUGGACUUUUGAACAACUGCAAGACAGCUCAAGGUGGGCGAUUAUUAGCACAAUGGCUCAAACAACCACUUUUGAAUUUGGAUGAAAUAAAUCAACGACAGGAUCUAGUACAAAUGUUUAUUCAAGAUACGGAACUACGACAAACUUUGCAAGAAUCUCACCUGCGAAAUAUUCCUGAUUUACAUCGAUUGGCCAAACGAUUCCAACGUGGUAGUGCCAACUUGCAGGAUGUUGUCCGUAUAUAUCAAGUAGUGAUUCGAUUACCAGCCAUUGUCAAAGUACUAAAAGCCAAUGAACCUGAAUCUCAAAGAAUGGCGGAUCUGAUGGAGAAAAUUUUCACAACGGAAAUAUCAGAUUUGUAUCAAAAUUUGCAUAAUUUGGAAGAAUUGGUAGAAUCAACUAUUGAUUUAGAUGCAGUGGCAGAUCAUGAAUUCAUUAUCAAGGCUGACAUUGAUACAACACUCAAAGAACUUAAACAACGACUUGAUCAAACCAAACAACAAAUGGAUAUAGAACAUGAAAGAGUUGGACAAAAGUUGAAAUUGGAUAUCGAAAAGAAACUCAAGAUGGAAAAACACUCAGUAUACGGAUAUUGUUUCCGGGUGGGCCGAACCGAAGCACAUGUUUUACGCAAUAAACCAGAAUUCUUUGAAUAUGCAACACAAAAAGCAGGAACUUACUUUACAACAUCAAAAUUGAAGCAUAUCAAUGAAGAAUGGACAGAAUUGUGCAACACGUAUGAAAAAUAUCAACAAGGGUUAGUGAAACAAGUCAUCGAGACCGUCGCUACUUAUUGCCCGGUUAUGGAAACUCUUGGUGCUUUACUUGCUAAAUUAGAUGUUAUUAUCAGCUUUGCUCAUGCUUCCAUUAUGGCCCCUAUUCCCUAUAUUCGACCUGAAAUUCAUCCUUGUGGUCAAGGUGACGUAGUACUUGUUGAAGCUAGACAUCCAUGCUUAGAAGCACAAAAUGAUGUUCAAUUUAUUCCAAACGAUGUCAAUAUGAUUCGAGAUGCCUCCGAAUUCGUGAUUAUAACGGGUCCCAACAUGGGUGGAAAAUCUACUUAUAUUCGACAGAUUGGUGUUAUUUCUUUGAUGGCUCAAGUUGGAUGUUUUGUACCUUGUUCCGAAGCAAGAUUAUGUAUAUUUGAUUCUAUUCUUGCUCGUGUUGGUGCUGGUGAUAGUCAAUUGAAAGGUGUUUCUACUUUUAUGGCAGAAAUGUUGGAAACGGCAACCAUUUUGAAAUCAGCAACUUCAAAUUCUCUGAUUAUCAUUGAUGAACUUGGUAGAGGAACAAGUACUUAUGAUGGUUUUGGAUUAGCUUGGUCUAUAUCUGAACAUAUUGCCAGUGAAAUCAGAGCAUUUUGUUUGUUUGCCACACAUUUCCAUGAAUUGACUGAAUUAGGUACUACUAUUGGUCAUGUCAAGAAUCUUAAUGUUGCUGUCCAUGUAGAUGAUUCCAAGGUUCCAGGUUGUCGUGACAUUACUUUGUUGUACAAGGUGGAUGAAGGUGUUUGUGAUCAAAGCUUUGGUAUCCAUGUUGCGGAGUUGGCACGAUUCCCAGAUAGCGUGAUUACUAUGGCCAAAAGAAAAGCAGACGAAUUGGAAGGUAACACAGGUACUUCUGACAAGAUAUUAGAUGAUGACGAAGAAGACGGGAUCAACUGUAUCAAGAAAAUGAUUUUGGAAAUCGGAGAAAUGGGUCAUUCAGUAGAAGAUUUGGAUGGAUUAUUGGAUAGAAUCAAAGUAGUGAAGAAAAAAUAUCAAAACACCAUAGAAAAUAAUAGAUACUUGGGACACUUGGCCAGCGGAUUCUGAAUUGGGUCAAACAUAAAAGAUGGUUCCUCUUUUUUUUUCUUUUAUUUUUUUUUUUUUUUCCUUAUUCCUUU